AUGUUCCUGGGGUUGCUGGCGGACGCGGGGGUGGGGUGGAGACGAUCACGAUUGAGGAGGAGCACACAGGCGCACUCACCGCCUUCCUCCUUCCCUUCCUCUUCCUCCCACCCCGCCCCCGGGGGGCGGUACCCACCCCCGGAGGGUGGCGGCCGGCCCGGAAGGAGGGCUGGGGUUGGGGCGGCUGCGGUGGGUGGCGGACGCCGCGGGCCCCUCCCCCGCGCUCCCUUGCUGCCUCCCCCAGCUCCCCGCCCCUCCUCCUCUCCAUCCUCCCCAUCCUCCUCCUCCCGGUCCCCGGCAGCGGCGGCUAGGGGAAGCAGCCGGCGGCACCGGGGCCGCUCAGCCUUUGUCUCGGGCCGCCGGGCGCGCCGGGCCCAGCGCCGCAGGCCACGCGGGGACGGCGGAGGCUGCGAGGACCGGCAGUCAUGGAAAAACGGGAGAGGAGCCGGCCCAGCGUCACCGCCGCCACUGUCACCACCAUCACCAUCACCACCAACCAUCACUGACCGUCGCCCAUCCCACUACCCCGCCUCAUCCCCACCCCCACCCCCAUCUCAUCUCCCCGUGCACUGCCAACUUUGUCAGCCCAUUUCCUUUGCAUCCGGUAACACUUGGACAGAACGGCCGCGAGUAAGCGCAGCUACUGUGCGAUGUUCAUCUAACAGGCCACUGGGCUGCCUCGGUCUUCCUGGCAGGGGAAGGGGCCUGCGAUGCCGCCGCCCCGCGCAGACACUGAUGUCUGGAUGUUUAAUCCUGGCGGUAGAAGGGACUGAGACACGUCUCACUUGUUAAUGAUGAGAGUGGCACCAUAAUAUGUCUUCAUCAGACCACAGAGUUGGGGCUUAAGACUUCAUCGUUUAUCUUCUAAGUGUCGAAGUAUUAGUAGCAAAUGAAAAUUAAAGAAAUGAAACUUUGA